GGCCCAGUGAGGGAGCAAGGAGAGCGAGGAGAGCAUGGUGAGGAAGGCUAUAAGGGCCAUAUGGGUGUGCCAGGACUCCGAGGUGCCACGGGACAACAAGGGCCCCCAGGUGAACCUGGCGACCAAGGUGGACAAGGACUGAAAGGAGAGAAAGGAGCUGAAGGUCCUAAGGGGAAAAAGGGAGUUCCUGGUCCUACUGGAAAACCUGGCAUUCCCGGACUUCCCGGCCUUCCUGGGCCAAAAGGCUUGCAAGGAUACCAUGGAGUAGAUGGCGUGUCAGGAGACCCUGGGAAGCCUGGGCCACUGGGAAAACGAGGACUUCCCGGUGUCACCGGAAGCCCAGGAAGAACAGGACUGACUGGAUCCCCAGGUCCUCGUGGAGGAAAGGGCUCAUCCGGCCUACCAGGAAACCCUGGUGUUCCAGGACCAAAGGGUGAACAAGGGCUAUCUGGUCAACCUGGAAUUCCAGGUAAAAGAGGUCAACGAGGAUCACAAGGUGACCAAGGACUACAUGGAGAGCCUGGUCUGAAAGGGCAGCCUGGAGAACAUGGUGAUCAAGGUUUGAGAGGUUUCCAGGGAUUCCCAGGCCCCAGA